AUGGAUCAAGUUGCUACCACAGUGCCUAGUGGUCAUACAGAAAAACACCUUCACAAUUCAUCUAAAAGGGGAGUCAAUAAAUUCCUCAAACAGAUUCGCAAUCUUAAUUGGGUUAAGAGAUUGCAAAUUUCCAAAUCCGAAUCUAAAAAGGAUCUUGAUAACUCAAGAGUUGCGAUAGAAAAUCCAAAUGCUCUUUAUGAAUUUGAAGAAUCUGAACUCUCAGGUCGAAUCAUCCCCAUUUUUGGCUCAGAAUCCGAUUAUCGGCCUCUUUGUUUACCUGCAAAUAAUGAUGAAGCCUCCUCCCUAGUAAAUCGCGUUCGAAUCAUUGACAGUCGACAACUCACAACUUUUCCAACAAUAACCAGUAAUUGCGACCAAGAUACAUCCCCACUCUCUCUUACUUUUGGAAGCUCUCGUCCCAACCAACAAUCUCUCCGUGGUGAUUCAAAUCUUUCCUUCACAAAUGGUGGUUCGUUUCGUGAAUUUUUAUUUUCUGACAUGGUGUAUUCAAAAAUAUUCCAGUAUUGCCUUCAGUAG